CACAGAAGUUCAGAUUUGAAGCGCAAUACACAGUAUGGACAGGCUCAUUAGCUUGGAGCCAUCCAAUUUCGUUGCAAUCCGUAUCGAACCAGGUCAGAAAUGUUACGGCCUACUCACUUUGCGCAACGUCAUGUACACCAUGCCUGUGGCCUUCAGGCUUCAAGCUUUGGUCAAGAAUCGCUACACUGUAAAGCCUCAAUCUGGGAUCAUAUCUCCGCUCGAGAAACUAACCAUUGAGGUUGUCUAUCACCUUCCACCAGGAUCGAGCCUCCCGGAUUCAUUCCCUUAUUGCCAUGACUCCUUCCUUUUGCACAGCGUGGUUGUGCCCGGAGCAGCCAUCAAAGACUCUUCAUCGACCUUUGAUGCGGUCCCCAUGGACUGGUUUACAACAAAGAAGAAGCAAGUGUUCAUUGACAGCGGUGUGAAGAUUAUGUUCGUUGGUUCACCUAUAUUGGCACACCUUGUGUCCGAUGGUUUGAUGGAUGAUAUCAGAGAAGUGCUCGAAAAGAGCGACCCUUCAUGGAAAGCAGCUGACUCUGUGGAUUCGGAUGGUCAAUCUUUACUUCACUUGGCUAUUGCUCAGGGCCGACCUGACAUCGUCCAGCUCCUUCUGGAGUUCGAGCCGGACGUUGAGGUUCAGAGCCGUUCGGGGUCGAGUCCGCUUGAGGCGGCUGCUGCUUCGGGUGAGGCUUUGAUAGUCGAGCUUCUGUUGGCUCGUCGUGCAAGCACGGAAAGAUCAGAGUCCUCCACUUGGGGACCUAUCCACCUGGCAGCUGGAGCUGGCCAUGUCGAAGUUUUGAGGCUUCUUGUAAUCAAGGGCGCUAACGUUGAUGCUCAAACAAAAGAUGGAAACACCGCUUUACAUAUAGCAGUGGAAGAGCGAAGAAGAGACUGUGCGAGGCUUUUGCUAGCAAGUGGUGCUAAAGCCGAAGUUCGUAAUAGCAAGGAGGGUGACACCCCGCUCCACAUAGCCGCAGGGUUGGGAGAUGAGUACAUGGUCAAGCUGUUGCUUCAAAAGGGUACUGCCAAUAAAGAUAUCAGAAAUUUCGCCGGUCGAACGGCCUACGAUGUGGCGGCAGAGAAUGGUCAUGCUAAGCUCUUUGACGCCCUUCGUCUCGGAGAUAGUUUGUGUAUAGCGGCAAGGAAAGGAGAGGUGAGAACAAUUCUGAGGCUGCUGGAGACAGGGGCAGCAAUCAACGGAAAAGACCAACAUGGCUGGACUGCUCUGCAUAGGGCUUGUUUUAAAGGGAAGGUUGACGCCGUGCGAGCGCUGCUGGAGAAGGGUGUGGAUGUGGAUGCUAAAGAUGAGGACGGAUACACGGCGUUGCACUGCGCAGCAGAAUCGGGGCAUGCCGAUGUGAUUGAUAUGUUGUUGAAGAAAGGAGCUGACGCUGAAGCCAGGACUAGUAAGGGUGUGACUGCGCUGCAGAUUGCCGAGUCUUUGCACUAUGUUGGGAUUACAAGGAUCCUCAUGACACAUGGAGGAGGGGCAAUGAAAGAUCAGAACAUGGCACAGAUUCUUUCACACUCUUCAGUUCAUGCGUUUGGGAAGAAAUCCGUGGGACUCGAGGAAGAGAUGCUCAAGGGAGGGAUGAAGAUGAGGAGAAAAUCGAGUCGAGCUAGAGCUCUUCGUGGUAGCUUUGAUCGUUCUGUGCCAUUGGCUGUGCUUUGAUACUUCAAGUUAGGAUUCCUGCGUGGUGUCAUAUUUUAAGCUCAAAAUCUCUGCUGGCUUUUGGAUGGCAUCACUAUAUAAUGUUCAUCCUACAAACAAAAUGCAUAUGUUGUUAUUAGUACUUUAGUACAAAGUACAUUUUUUAUCAACCUGCAUUCUACGCCAAUAUUGUUCAGGUCACAACGCAUCUGGUA